CUCCCUUCGGGUCCAACCUGAUUGGUCUGUUGGUUCUAUCUGAUCUAGCUUACAUAGGUGAUCUCUGAUUGGAUCGUAACACGAUGCCCCCCUCUCUGUGGCUUUGUCCUCAAACGCCACGAUACUACCUUGGCAUGUGAUUGAUAACCGCCGUCCCUUGUUGCGUUGCUUGGGUGCCAACAAGCCUGUUGAUCGUAACCUUAAUGCCUGCCGUCUCCCUUCUCCCUGAUCUCUUGCUUCCUCAUCUUUCAUAACCCUGUGUGAUCCAGAACUUGGUGAGUCUCCUUUCUUUCCUUCACCCAUCAAUUUAUCAUGGCCCGAUCUCGCAUUGCUCGUCCCAAGCGUUCUGCUCAGAAGGGAGCCGCUACUAAGGCUCUUGCAGUCUUAGUCGAAGAUUCCGGUGAAACCCUCGAUAUGCCGUGCAGCAAUUGUUUCCGACACAAUCGCACUUGUGUCGUUGAUCUGUCGAAGUCGAAUUCCUGCAGCGAAUGUGUUCGUCGCAAGACCGCUUGUGAUGGUCAGGAUAUCACUAGACGUCUUUAUAAGUCUAUGAAGGAGUCCAAGCGUCUGGAGGCAGAGGAGGAUAAGCUGGUACGCAGCUCAGUGGAGAUCCAGUCGCGUCUGCUGCGUGUUCGUGAGCAGAGGCGUCAUCUCCAGAAGAGGCAGAAGGAGAUGUUUGAUCGUGGGAUGGCGGAUUUGGCGGAGGAGCUGGGGGACAACGAUCCGCUUGUUUCCGAGGAGUCGACUACUUCCGAGCCUGGCGUUGCUUUGCCCGAGGUUGGUUUUGACGAGUGGGCGCAGGAGCAGGGGCUUGAUCUCCCUGAGAUUUUGUCGCCUGAUCCUUUGUCGCCUGAGGUGGCUGGGGUCGGUCAGGAAACCGCCGGUGAAAGCUCUCGAUCUCGCCCUUCAGGUUGACGAGGUUCUCUGGGGGUUCCCAUGUAUUGCUUUCGUGGCCGUAGCCUUGCCACUUGAUUAGGUAUUCGAUGUUGCCAGUGUUGUCAUUGAUUUUUGAGUCCAGGAUGGCUUCCGUUAGGUAUUCAUCUCCGUCAUUCCAAGUUUGAACGUUCUUGUCGAGUCUUGCGUUCCUAGGUGCUGGUUCUAGUAGUGAGACGUGGAAGGUAGGCCAUUGUCGCAUGCCCUUGGGGAGUUCGAGUCGGUAGUUGCUGGUGCUGACUUUCUCGAUUACCUUGAAUGGUCCCAGUUUC